AUGACAGGUAUUGGGUCUCCUGUCUCAUGCAGGGAUGGUGAUCUGUCAGCCCCAAAUGAUACUUUCUGUGAAGCCGAUUCUGGUUCUCCAAGUUUACCAAGCCCUCGCCCGCGAUAUCUUGCUGCUCCAGAAUUUGUCUCUCGUGAGAUAAGUUCCCGUCGUCAACACCCCAAACAAUAUUCCAGCGCGGAUGACAUCAUUGAUCUUCCGCGAAAAGAUCCUCAAGAGGCCAAACGCCAUCGAAUUGAAUGCAGCAAAAUCAUGCAGAGCAUAUCGAAAAAGCAUCAGGAGCAGAUAUCUCAACUUCUAGCUAAACAGGAGAAGCGCCAUGUGAACGAGGCUAGAACUGGCAAUCGUGUCAACUACUGGCGUAACGACGUCAUUCCAUCCUGGGAUACCUUAGAACAGACCAGUCUGCUCUUUGACGACUGGUGGCUUGGCAUACCCUCCCCUGUGCGAAGUCAGGUGUGGCAGCUGAUAAUCGGCAAUCCGCUCGGCAUCACUAGAGACCUCUUUGAAAGUUGCCUCACCCAGAGCCGCUACACUAUGCAUCGUUUGGAGAGCGCGCGUCGCCUUGCCGACGCCUUCGAUCACGCCUCCCAAGAGGAUAAUAAAUUCACCACUCUGAUAGCUACCUCAUCUAGUACAAGACAUUCUGAGCGUCUCUACUCCUUGCCUGGCAAUGUGGGCGAGGCUGAAGUAAAUGCCUUGUCCCAACUGCGACUUCCGCGUCAGGCGUCUGAAAUAGAGGCCCCUGUCAUCUCUCGAAGGGUCUUAAUUACACCUCCGGAUCCCCUUACACCAUCGUCCUCUCUCGCCAUUCCGGGCGACCUCUCUUCAAAUGAGGUGGCCUCACUGCAGGUCAUUCGAUUGGAUGUCUCACGGACCUUCCCGAUGCUCGGGGUCUUCCAAUCGGAUGGGUUGCACAACCGCAAUUUACAUGACCUCCUGGCGGCUUUUGUAGCCUACCAGCCCACUCUGGGCUACCUUCAGGGUAUGUCAUUCAUCGCUGGCAUCCUUCUUCUAGUCAUGGAUGACAUCUACCCCGCCUUCAUUGCUUUUGCUACUCUCAUGAACCGACCCAGCUUCUACGCCUUUUACAGUCUGGAUGAAUCAGAGUUUGCGGCUUACUUCGGAGCGUUCGAUGCGCUGCUGGAGGACCGAAUGCCACGUCUAUUCGACCACCUCAAGAGCUGCCGAUUGGACUGCAAACUCUACCUUUUCGACUGGCUCUUCACAGUUUUUAGUCGGAGCCUCCCCCUGGAUGUAGAUUUGCGCAUCUGGGACCUCUUUCUACGUGACGGUGAGGCCGCUCUGCUACUAGCUGCGCUGGGCAUCCUACGAAUGUAUGAGGAAUACCUCCUCCUGUGGGAUUUUGAUCGCCUCGCCUCCUUUCUCACCGGUUCUUUGCCUGAGUCCAUGUCACCCGAUGAUUUAACAUCCUGCAUGCGAUCACUAGAUCUCUCCACGGCUGUUAUUAAGAAUGCCCUUGAAAAAGCAAGGAGUUCAGUCAAAAGUAACUGCGCCACCGACUCAACUGUUCCUUGCAGUGAUUGUGAUUCUGAGACACCCUCAGAGGCGCGCCAGGAGCAGUCAGAGGGUCAUGGGACAAAGAGGGGCCUCCUCGGCAUCCGCAGUCGACGUAUAAAGCCACAGAACAAUAAUAACACUAACAAUCACGACAUGACAUCGGCGACGAUCGCUUCUAAAUUCUCCGCUUUCCGGCGAAAGCCCCCUGUCCCCGCCGCUACCUCUGCGUUCGGUGCGUGGAGCCAGGAGGUCUCUCUUGACUAUCCAAAACGUGAGACGUAA